GAGUGGCCUCUCUCCCUCCCUCCCUCUCGUCCCCGAGGCUAUGUCCACCCGGGGCGGCGAGGGGGGCAGCGCCAGAGGCUCGCAGCCGCGCGGGGGCCACGGAGCCCAGAAGCAGCCCUACAAGAUGCACUUAGACACCCGGCGGCUGGAAGAAUGAGCUUGUCCUUCCUCCUCCUCCUCUUCCUCAGCCACCUCGUCCUCAGCGCCUGGGCUCGCGGGGAGAAGCACGUCGCCGCCAAAGGGCAACCCGGACCCGCUGCCACCGGUCGGAGCCCGGGAGGCGCCCGCAGCAGCCGGAGCGGCAGGGGCACGACGUCUUCCUCCUCUUCCUCCGCCUCCCCCUCCCCCGGCGCUUCUCCGGGCAACCGAGGCGGCGGCUUGGAGCAGAGCAGCUUCCAGUGGAGCCCCUCGGGGCGCCGGACCGGCAGCCUGUACUGCAGAGUGGGCAUCGGUUUCCAUCUGCAGAUCUACCCGGAUGGCAAAGUCAACGGCUCCCAUGAAGCCAACAUGUUAAGUAUUUUGGAAAUAUUUGCUGUGUCUCAGGGGAUUGUAGGAAUACGAGGAGUUUUCAGCAACAAAUUUUUAGCGAUGUCAAAAAAAGGAAAACUCCACGCAAGUGCCAGGUUUACGGACGACUGCAAGUUCAGGGAGCGCUUUCAAGAAAACAGCUACAACACGUACGCUUCGGCGAUACACAGAAGCGAGCCGGCGGGCCGGGAGUGGUACGUGGCGCUCAACAAGAGGGGGAAGGCCAAGCGCGGCUGCAGCCCGCGGGCGCGGCCGCAGCACGUCUCCACGCACUUCCUGCCGCGCUUCCGGCGGCCGCAGCAGCCCGAACUGUCUUUCACGGUCACGGCGCCUGAGAAGAACAAGCCGCCCGGUCCGGCCGGGCCAAAGGCGCCCGUGUCCGCCCCGCGGAAGGGUCCCAACACCGUGAAAUACAGACUCAAGUUCCGCUUCGGGUAACCUUCUUCCUGGCCUUGGGGAAGCCAGGCCCUCCGCCCGCCGGAGCUGACGACUGUGAGAAAGAAGAAUAUCGGCUCCGGCCCCGGCUCCUGCGCGGCCUCCGAGUCGGCGCGGGUGUCAGCGCCGCCGACACAUGUUUUCUGAGAGGAGCCGAACCGGAAUUCUUCGUCCAAAGUGGGGAGCACACGGCUUCAGCGCCCAAGACGGGAACGCCGCCUGCCCUGCGCUUAGCGGUACCCAGAAUGUUCUGGAAGGUCAACAGCGCGGACUACGUACUCUUCUCACCUUUACAGAUCAACACACAUGAUACAUUUUUAUUUUUGGUUUCCAAAGAAUAUUUUGAUGCAGAUGAAAUAUUUUUAUUAACUUUUGUUUUUGUUUUUUGGUUUUUUUUU